AUGUCCACAGAUAAUCUUCUGAUUGAUGAUGCUACAUCAACUUCUGCUGAGACAGAUGAAAGAAUUGCAGGUGGCCAGCUAACCUCGAACUUUGAGGAAAAGGGUAAUCGGUAUCUGGAACAUGAAGAUGAAAUUGGGGUUGUGACAGGGAAUUGGGGUUGUGGUGCUUUUGGUGGAGACCCUGAACUUAAGGCCACAAUUCAGUGGCUUGCUGCUUCGCAGGCAUCAAGACCUUUCAUAUCGUAUUACACUUUUGGCAUGGAGGCAUUGCGGACACUGGACCAGGUAACACAGUGGAUCACUUCCAAUGGAUGGACUGUUGGAGACCUUUGGAAUAUGUUGGUGGAGUACUCGUCUCAGAGAUUGAAUGGAGAAACUGAAGUGGGCUUCUUCAGUUGGCUCCUUCCAUCAUUACUGACCCAUGACGAAAUGAUAUUGAAAAGUUGA